AUGGUUACUUGUGAAGCAGAUAGACGUUGGUCAAUGGUGAACGCUUAUUGCUUGGCCUUUUGCCAUUCACCAAUCGAACACCCAAAUGCAUAUCCAACUAGUCGUUCCUGUCAGAUGGAGAAGGCACACCAGGCCGGUAGUCGCUGCAAAUUCCGAUGCAAGAAAGGUUAUCACAUUGAAGGCAUGCCAGCCAAGCGACGUUCUCUUCAUCUUACCUGCAAAGAGUCUGGUCAAUGGGAAGGAAAUAAAUGUGUACGGGUUACAUGCAAGAAAAUCCCACCCGAAUUUACAGGAAUGUACACCUGUUCCGAAUCAGAAUUUGGUGGCAGUAGAUGUACCUUAAAAUGCCCACGGGAAGCAAGGAUCCAGAAAAUCAAGUGCCUUCAAAAGGGUAUUUGGAGCUCUCAAUUCAAAAUGUGCAGUUUUCCAAAAUCUGCAAUGUGUCCCUCACCACUGUUGAUCGACGAUCGGGUACAAAUUCGAAAUUGCUAUAAUCGAUCUGCUGGAUCGACGUGCGAAGUGACUUGCAACAGUCAGGCCUACCAACCUGCCUUGCCGCAUAUGAAUGGAACGAUUUUCGAGAAUAAAGAUCGUACAAUGAAAUUAACGUGUACCGGAAUGCUAAAAUGGCUUCCGAAUCCACGUCAUAUAAGCUGCAAGGGCACCUGUCGAGUGAUGUCACUAAAAGAUGGUUGGUGCGACAGUUCCAAUAACCGAUUUUUCUGCGACUGGGAUAAAGGUGAUUGUUGUGCGUCGACAGUGGACGGCGGAAAGAUCCGGUUGGACAAACCAACUUGUAAAAGCAAGUGCGCCUGCAAAGAUCCGAAUGCCAAAGAGAAUAGCAAUAAGUCAAAAAAAUAA